UGACCCCCAUAUCCUCCAGCUGGGAUAUAAUUGAAUGGAGGAAAAGCUGUCCUUCUGUGAAUAACUGAACGUACCAAGAGACAUUUUAUUUACCUGUGUGUGUUUGGGUGGCACCUCUGGUCUUGUCAGAGUCAAGAGGGGACGCUAACUGUUCAGAGGAGUUGAAGCCUAUUUUCUACCCCUCGGCAGCAUCACGGGGUCAUCAACGUCCCCCAGCCGGUGAAGAAGCCAUGCUUAUCCGGUCACCUCAUGGCUGUGCCUCUGUGACCAUCACCCACCCCCAGUCCAUGCCGAUGUUUGUUCUGGCCCUGGCUGUCCUUUUCUGCCCCUUUGGCCUAGUGACAUGUCAGGGGGAAGGUCAGACACAGUCCCCUGCCCAGGUGCUGCAGGACCUGCUGUCUCGCUAUGGAGACAACAGCACCAUCACGGUGCCCCAGCUGCGCUCCCUGCUGGCCCUGCUCAGCCAGGGUCAGGCGGAGGGGGACAACAUCAGCACCAAUGUGCCGGAGCCACCUAAAACAACCACGCCCCCCAAAACCAACAGCUCCAAGUGCUUGGCUGCAGACACGCUGGCCAUUUACAGCAUAGGCGAGCAGUCGCGGCUGGAUGGGCAGGGCUUACAGGAGCUGUGCCCCACCAUGCUACAGCAGCUUGAUGCUGGAUCCUGCAGAGCUCAAAAAGAGGAGGAGUCCAUCAUCGAGCCCUCCCCCAGGCCAACAGACGGCGAAGUGUGGGGUUUUUCUUUCCUGAGCGUCACAAUCAUCAAUUUAUUCUCCCUCACCGGAGUCUUCAUCAUGCCCCUGAUGAAGACGCGCUAUAUGAAAUACGCGCUCACCUUUUUCAUCGCUCUUGCCAUUGGCACGCUGUUCUCCACUGCCAUCCUGCAGCUCCUGCCAGAGGCCUUUGGUUUUGACCCCAUGGUGGAUUUCUACGUGUCCAAAUCAGCGAUGGUCUUCGCUGGCUUUUACCUCUUCUUCUUCACUGAGAAGGUCCUCAGAGUGCUUCUCAAACAGAAGAACGGGAGCCAUGGUCACAGUCAUUACCCGGAUGCAGAUCGUUACUCGGCACCUGACGGCGAUGUGGAGGGCGAGAAGGAGAAGCUGCAGCAGAACGGAGAGGCCAGCAGUCUGGCCCUGGGCAAAGUGGAUGCAGAGGAGGGUGAGCUCAUGCUCAGCCCCGCACAGACACCACAGGACUCCCAGAGCCCAGAAAGCGGGGGUCGGUCCGGCAGUGGUAGGGGCUGCUAUUGGCUGAAGGGGACGUCCUACUCCGACAUCGGCACGCUGGCCUGGAUGAUCACAUUGAGUGACGGCCUGCACAACUUCAUCGACGGCUUGGCCAUCGGCGCCUCCUUCACCGCCUCUGUCUUUCAGGGCGUCAGCACCUCCGUGGCCAUCCUGUGUGAGGAGUUCCCCCAUGAGCUUGGAGACUUUGUGAUCCUGCUGAAUGCCGGCAUGAGCAUACAGCAGGCUCUGUUCUUCAACUUCCUGUCGGCCUGUUGCUGUUACCUGGGCAUGGGCUUUGGCAUCCUCGCCGGCAACAGCUUCUCCCCCAACUGGAUUUUUGCCUUGGCGGGGGGAAUGUUCCUCUACAUCGCUCUGGCAGACAUGUUUCCAGAGAUGAACGAGGUGAGUCGUGAGGAGGAGGAUGCGGGUGGCAGCAGCUUCCUGCUCACGUUUGCCAUUCAGAACGCCGGCCUGCUGACGGGCUUCUCCAUCAUGCUCCUCCUCACCAUGUACUCGGGGCAGAUACAGCUGGGCUAGCCCCGGCCUUCUCUGGACCAACACCUGCUCUGACCAGCGUGAAAUGAAACUGAGGUGUCAGUGUUUCCCAGUUUCCAGGAACCGGGAGUUUGGGUAGUUUGGCUGCUGUGCGGCAGGUACCCGCACCUCCUCUCCCGUUAAAUAUUUGAGUAGCCGUUCAUUCAGAGUUCACACAUGCAGUAGACCCAAACAGAAUGGGGCAGGCUUCUUUUUAAGGUUUUUUCAACCUUUCCCUGACAGCUGCUUAAAGUCUAGAAAGAUCAACUGAAGCAUCGUCUGCAGCGACGACUUAAAGACUUUUGAACUGAUGUGCAAUUAUCAGCCAGUCACUCAAACUUCUCUCUAUUCCCCAGACUACUGAUGAGCCGUUUUGGCUUCUGCUGUUGUGUGUCCCCCCCACCCUUUCCCUCAGUGUACGUCAUUGAGCCACAGCUGUAGAGAUUCAACAGUAUUUAUAUCGCUUACCGCAAAGCUUCCUCAGGAGGUGGGAAAAGCACAAUCAGGUAACAGCCGCUGUAUUAUUAACAUUAUUGAAUCUUUACUGUUCUGUUCCCUCAUUUUCCUUUCAUCAUUACAUACCAAAAAUAAUUUGUAAAGGACUUCAACUGGAAUUUUAAUGAAGUGUCGACAUCAAACUGAAAUCCUGCUGGACAUUUGUGCGUUAAUUUUUCAUACAUGAGAAGAAAACCUGAAGACCAAAUAUGGGCAGGCCAUUGAGAAUGGCGAAGGGCUACACAGUGACGUUUGGAAGGGCAUACUUCUCCUCGGCCAUGCAGUUUGAAAAUCCUCAAUGAAGCCUGGUUUGGAUAUGCAAAGCGACAUAAAAACCAGAGUUUGACACGGGUUUGACACUGGCAUCACCCAGGCGACAUUUUUUCCAUAUAGUUAAUCAUCUGUGCCCCCUAAUAUAGCAGUCAUUUUUUUUGUUAUGGUUUAUAAUGCCUUGUGUUGUUGAACUCGAAAUGAAAUCUCUGGUCUUCGCACAUCCCACUGACAUUUUCUCCCAGAAUUAUCUUUUCUUUCACAGGACUGACGUUCAAAAUAUUGUAAGCUGAAUCAUAUAUGGACACACACACACACACACACACACACACACACACACACACACACACAUACACACACACACACACACACACACACACACACACACACUACUUUACUGUAACCCUAUCCAUAUUACUCACACACAAUACUGUAAUAGAAAUUAAGUUAUAUACUGUAUAUUAGGUUGUUAUGACUAGCCUGUGAGUUACAAUACCUGGCCUAAAGUGUGUGGACAUGCUUGUAUGCACUUCUGCUCUGGGGUAGUUUUUCAUGGUUGGCUUAAAUUUGUCCCUUUUUAAACUAUUACUGUUAUGUUUGAGUUACAGAGUCAAACAUAUCAUGUCUUGAAAUCUUUGAAAGACCCAGAAAAUCUUUUAAAAACACUUCACGAAAAAAAGAAAAUCUCCAAAUUGUAGCUCAAGUUGGGUUAGCCUUAGAUUCAAUGAAUAACUGAAACCGCUAGUCAAUUAAUCCAUUUAUCCUUCAACGAAAAAGAUUGAAGCUACUCGUUUGGUUAUUGUUUUAAUGCAGUUGUUUUUUUUGUUGAAGAAAGAAGACUUGUAUGUUACAACAUACUAUGGUCUGUUAUACAGUUGGAUGUCAACUUGCAAAAUGUUUUCCAGUUUCAACAUGAAGAUGGGCCCUGUGCUUAGAGACAGAUUAAAAAAAUAUAGUAGAAAAACCAGAAAGAUGGAAUUUAUUAUUGCAAAAGAAUAAUACCCAUGUUUGAUGAAUAAGACAAGUUUAUAGGGGCCCUAUUAUGCGUUUUAGGGUUUCCCUUGUUGCAUGUAAAUAGUCUGCAAAGGUUAAAAUCCCUGUGUUCCCUCCAGAGGGAGGUUUUCUCCCACACUCAGAAACACUUAAUUUUGACUUCUUUGUUUACUUACGUAACAUAGAGACAUCUCUAUUUAAUGCUUGGGCUUCUAUUGUACGUAAAAGAGUAAGGGGGGGACAUCUCUAACCGGUUGACCAAUUAUUACAGAGCCAGCCAGCUAACCAAUCAGAGCAGACUGGGAUCUGGUUUCAGACAGAGGGUGAAAAGAGGUGCUAGAGCACAGGCAGUAUGAGAACAAUAAUGCAUGGUAACGUGUCCCAGUAGAGGCACACAAUACAACUAUUAAACCUGCGAAUGACCAUCAUAAAGCUGCUUUAAUAUCCACAUACUAAUGGCCAGAGAAAACGGUUUAUAAUCUGUAAUGCUGAUUGACUAUUGGAGGGUUCAGGGGUAUUCAUAUCAUAUUGUACAACUACAACAACUGCAACUUAUUAUUUCUAAGGAUAAAACAGCCAUUCACACCAUGACAGAUCACUGACCAAAUAUGAUCCAUAUUUACUGAGAAACACAGAACAAAUGUUCCAUCUUCUCUAACAAACACACUGUUCUGCAGAGUCAACUUGUUAUUAUAUAUUUUAGAGAUAGAAACCGGAAGUCAUAAUGGCUGUCUCCUUGACAGACCUGCGUUUUUGUGUUCUUCCUGAAAGCUUUUUAAACGUUUACCAUGAGGUACAGUAUUACUGCUGCUGUAUGGGAGGUUAUGUAUUGAUGUUUGAGCCAUACAAUAUUUAUUUUAUGCUUUAAACUCAUGAAGAAUUCAGUGUCAGUUUACGAAACAUGCCAUGCAACUGCACAAAUAUUUAUUUUGUGUAUCUGUGUUUUAAUAUUGUAUCUUGAUUAAAUGGGAUAUUGCAUCGCAUAUGUUAAUUUGUUAAAAAAUGGAGUCCGAUCUUAUACACACAGAUGCAAAAUUGCUGGGCAGUUAUUAUUACCUAAUCUUUGUAAUAUUACGGUCAGACAUAUUCAAUCAGAUGAUACCUUCAGGAGCACACAGACAACAACAGUGCAAAAAACACAUACUACAGACGUUCACUUUUUUUUUUUGUCAAAUUAACCAAUCAAUGUAUGUUUUUUCUGAAGAUUAUGAAAAUAUUGUAAUUAUUGUAAUUUAAGGGAAUCUUCAUCAGCUUUCUCUGUGUCAUGGAUAUCUUUUUUUAUAAACAUCUUGUUUCCUAUAAA